UUGAGCGAAAUAUACGAUUCUUUGCGACUCUUGUGCUUUUCGAAGUCUGUACGUGUUAACUAUUUUUUUAGUACGCGUUUUAACUCAAGUAAUUUUUAAUUAUCUUUUAAUUGAUUUGCCUUAGUGCUGUACGUACAUACUUUGGUGUACACUUACAGUGUCCUAUACGUUUUUAAUUUUUGAUUUUCGUUUCGUAUUGAUUUACUGUGUGAAAAAAAUCAACAGCUAUUGACGUAAUGACUGGAAGAACAGCGAUCGGUAUCGACUUGGGUACCACCUAUUCUUGCGUGGGUAUAUGGCAACACGGUAAAGUAGAGGUUAUCGCCAACGAUCAAGGCAACAGGACCACCCCUAGUUAUGUGGCAUUCACCGACACUGAACGAUUGAUCGGUGACGGUGCCAAGAACCAAGUAGCAAUGAAUCCCGUCAACACGGUGUUCGACGCUAAACGUUUGAUCGGACGUCGUUUUGACGACGAAAAUACGCAAGCGGACAUUAAACACUGGCCGUUCAAAGUUGUGAACGACUGCGGGAAGCCUAAAAUCCAAGUAGAAUUUAAAGGUGAGCGAAAAAUGUUCGCGCCGGAAGAAAUCAGUUCGAUGGUGCUGGCGAAAAUGAAAGAGACCGCGGAAGCGUAUUUGGGUCGAAACGUGACGGACGCUGUCAUCACGGUGCCGGCGUACUUCAACGAUUCACAGAGACAAGCGACCAAGGACGCGGGAGUCAUAGCCGGCCUUAACGUAAUGCGAAUUAUUAACGAACCAACAGCUGCGGCCUUGGCGUACGGUCUGGACAAGAACUUGAAAGGAGAGAAAAACGUUUUGAUAUUUGAUCUGGGCGGUGGCACGUUCGACGUAUCCGUUCUGCAGAUCGACGAGGGUUCGAUAUUCGAAGUGAAGUCAACGGCAGGUGACACGCACUUGGGUGGCGAAGACUUUGACAACCGGCUGGUGUCUCAUUUGGCCGAAGAGUUCAAGCGCAAAUUCAAAAAGAACGUGCACGCGAAUCCUAGAGCGUUGAGACGGUUGAGAACGGCUGCCGAACGGGCCAAGAGAACGUUGUCGUCCAGCUCUGAGGCCGUCAUAGAGAUCGACGCUCUGAUGGAAGGUAUCGAUUUCUACACCCGAGUGUCCCGAGCACGAUUCGAGGAGCUGUGUGCGGAUCUAUUCAGAUCGACCCUGGUUCCGGUGGAGAAGGCGUUAGCUGACGCCAAAAUGGACAAGGGAGACAUACAUGACGUGGUACUCGUGGGUGGUUCGACAAGGAUCCCGAAGAUCCAGAGUCUCCUGCAGAACUAUUUCUGCGGAAAACCCCUCAAUCUGUCCAUCAACCCCGACGAAGCGGUAGCCUACGGUGCAGCGGUACAGGCGGCCAUUCUCAGCGGUGAUACGAGUUCUGCAAUUCAAGACGUGUUGCUCGUGGACGUUACCCCCUUAUCACUGGGCAUUGAGACUGCGGGCGGCGUGAUGUCCAAAAUCGUCGACCGGAAUUCUACUGUUCCGUGUAAACAAACCCAAACGUUCACCACAUACGCGGACAACCAACCGGCCGUCACCAUCCAAGUGUUCGAAGGAGAAAGAGCUUUGACCAAGGACAACAAUUUGUUAGGAACUUUCGACUUAACCGGUAUACCUCCGGCACCCAGAGGUAUACCCAAAAUCGAGGUGACUUUCGAUUUGGACGCCAACGGCAUUUUGAACGUGUCAGCCAAGGACAGUAGCUCUGGACGCUCCAAGAAUAUAGUCAUUAAGAACGAUAAGGGUCGCCUGUCUCAGGCUGAAAUCGAUCGUAUGCUUAGCGAGGCCGAACGGUACAAAGAAGAGGAUGAACGUCAGAAGGUCAAGAUAGCGGCUAAGAAUCAGCUGGAGAGCUACGUGUUUGGUGUUAAACAAGCUUUGGACGAGUCCGGCGACAAGUUGACUGAAUCCGAGCGGAACACCGGAAAACAGGAAUGCGAUGCUGUCAUUCAGUGGUUGGAUAACAACCAGUUGGCAGACAAAGAAGAGUAUGAGUACAAACUAAAGGAGAUCCAAAAAAGCUGCUCGGCUCUAAUGAUGAAGAUACACGGCGCAGGAAAAAGUGGUGACGCGCCUCAUAGUGGUGAUCCUGGUUCUCGCUCUGGAGGACCUACGAUCGAAGAAGUUGAUUAAUUGCUUACAAAAUGUCUCAUUAUUUGUAAAUACUUAAAUACAAUGUGAUCAACUUAUUACUUUUAUUUAUUAUGUUAAGUAUCCACUAGACUUAUG